UCCGUGCGGGCAGCAGUUGAUGACACAUUAACGUGAACCAGAAACUGGCUGAACUGGUUUAUUCACUUGAAUGUCAUGAUGCUAAGCUAGUUGAUAGCCAGGUAUCCACAGGUUUCGCUGCCUAGUUAGCUACCGGAUGUUCUCGGUCGUAUCCCCGUGGCCGUCUUGACAUCUCCCCAUCAUUCCUGGACGAAUUCGUGUUGACUGACCAGAGUCCACGAAUUCGGUUCCAUUCCAUAUAUAUAACAUUUCUUUGCUAGCUUGAAUUGACUUGACUGCUAACGACGGUGCACUGAGAGAAAGAGGCUUACGAGAACUGCACCUAAGGACCACACCCAGACAAGAUGUCCCUUCAUCAGUUUUUGCUGGAACCCAUCACCUGCCACGCAUGGAAUCGCGACAGGACACAAAUUGCCAUCAGUCCAAAUAACCAUGAAGUUCAUAUCUACAAGAAAAGUGGCAACCAGUGGGUGAAAACCCACGAGCUGAAGGAGCACAAUGGACACAUUACAGGUAUUGACUGGGCUCCCAAAAGCGACCGUAUAGUAACUUGUGGAGCAGAUCGUAACGCUUACGUAUGGUCCCAAAAGGAAGGAGUAUGGAAGCCCACGUUGGUCAUCCUCAGGAUCAACCGAGCAGCCACUUUUGUGAAGUGGUCUCCGCUGGAGAACAAGUUUGCAGUUGGCAGUGGUGCUCGGCUCAUUUCUGUCUGCUACUUUGAGUCUGAGAACGACUGGUGGGUGAGCAAACACAUCAAAAAGCCCAUCCGCUCCACCAUCCUCAGUCUGGACUGGCAUCCCAACAAUGUCUUACUGGCUGCUGGUUCAUGUGACUUUAAAUGCAGGGUUUUCUCAGCCUACAUAAAAGAGGUGGAAGAGAAACCAGGUCCCACACCCUGGGGCAGCAAGAUGCCGUUUGGAGCUGUGCUAGCAGAAUUUGGAGGAGCAGGUGGAGGGGGUUGGGUCCACUCAGUUUCUUUCUCCUCUUCUGGUAAUCGUCUGGCUUGGGUCAGCCAUGACAGCACCGUCACUGUGGUAGACAGUUCUAAGACUGCCAGUCCCUUACAGCUCAAGACGGAGUUCCUUCCUCUCCUCAGUGUCAUUUUUGUGUCAGAGAACAGUUUAGUGGCUGCAGGUCACGACUGCUGCCCAAUGCUGUUCCGCUGUGACGACAUGGGGACGCUCUCGUUUGUCUCAAAGCUGGACCUCCCCAAGCAGAGCAUCCAGAGGAACAUCUCCGCUAUGGAACGCUUCAGGAACAUGGACAAGAGAGCCACCACUGAAGACCGCAACACAGCCCUGGACACACUGCACCAGAACAGCAUCACCCAAGUGUCUAUCUAUGAAGGAGACAAAAGGGAUUGUCGCAAGUUCUGCACUACAGGCAUCGAUGGAGCAAUGACCAUUUGGGACUUUAAGAGUCUAGAAGCUUCCAUCCAGGGUCUCCGCAUCAUGUGAACAAAUAUCAUGAAGGAAUGAAGAGAUGCCGUGUCCUUACUUCUCCCCACCGGCCCUCUUCAGAAAUUCUUACCUUUCCUCUUCUUUUCUUUCACUUCAGCCCUCGCCACUCCUUCCCUGUCCGUCACGCAGCCAGUAACAAACUGACAACCUCACGAGUGUCUGCUGAAGCACUGAUCAGGCCAUAACACACGCAGUGUGGGUUUGUACUAAACAUGCUCACACCUAUACACACUAGAACACACCUAUACACACCGAGCUGCCGUGUGACUUCACUGUUUUCUUUUUGUUUUGUUUGUUUUUAAAUGAAGGUUAGCAAAGAGUUUAAGUGGGAGGGUCUUCUGACAAAAUAAACGUGAUGUGACUUUGAUGUUUUUAUGUUCUCUAACCUCCUGUACCUAAAGUUGAACACUAAAAGGUGCGUUUUAUCCAAAAAGCAGACUGUAUCUCACCUCAGAUCAACCCUCUGAUCUCAGAAUGUCGGUGUUGAGGAUGUGGCGGACUUCAGCGACUGUUGGGCUUUCCUGUUGUUCUGAGUCUUCGCUGCCGGUUGUCGGUUUAAAACCUGGACAGAUUCUGAUAGUGGGGGGGGGGGGGCAGCUUUCUGAACGGCCGCAGAGCCACGGCUCUGUAGCUACUACACUAAAACCACACAAGAUGGAGGAUUUCUAUGUAACUGAUCAUGAGGUAGACAUCAAAUAAAGAUUAAAAACAUUUACACUAGAUGA